UGCUACUUGCCUUGGUCACAACUCACAAACUAGAAGAAAAGAAAGAAUAUAAAAAAUGUCUGGGCGCAAGAGCCAGAAGAUAAAGGGCACUGUGGUGAUGAUGCCAAAGAAUGUGUUGGACGUUAACCAGUUAAAUGAGGUUGGAAAUGGUGGUGUUGGCGGUGUCGUCACCGGUGUCUUCGGUGUUGUCGCCGACUUCGCCGGUCAAGUUGUUGACACUGCCACCGCCAUCUUAGCUCGUAACGUCUCCUUACAAUUGAUAAGUGCUACGGCCACCGAUGGGAAGGGAAAUGGGAAAGUUGGAAAGGAAACGUUUCUGGAGAAGCAUGUUCCUACGUUACCAACCUUAGGAGAUAGACGCGAUGCAUACAAUAUUCAUUUUGAAUGGGAUGCUAAUUUCGGAAUUCCAGGAGCAUUUUACAUAAGAAACUUUACUUAUGAUGAGUUCUUCCUUGUCAGUGUCACUCUUGAGGAUAUUCCAAAUCAAGCUACUAUCCACUUUGUUUGUAACUCAUGGGUCUACAACUUCAAAAAAUAUAAGAAGGAUCGCAUUUUCUUUGCCAAUAAUACAUAUCUUCCAAGUGCAACACCAGGUCCAUUGAUUAAGUACAGGAAAGAAGAGUUGGUGGCUUUAAGAGGAGAUGGAACAGGAGAACGCAAGGAGUGGGAAAGGAUUUAUGAUUAUGAUGUGUACAAUGAUUUGGGUAAUCCAGAUAGUGAUGCAAAGCUUGCUCGUCCAAUCCUUGGAGGCUCUAGCAACUAUCCCUACCCUCGUAGGGUUAGAACUGGUAGAAAAGCCACCAAGAAAGAUCCAAAAAGUGAGAAACCUGCAGUGGAGCUUUAUAUUCCAAGAGAUGAAAGUUUUGGUCACUUGAAAUCAUCAGAUUUCCUCACAUUUGGAUUGAAAUCUUUAUCUCAACAACUUUUACCUUCACUCGAAACUGUAUUUGACUCAGAUUUCACACCAAAUGAAUUUGAUAGCUUCGAAGAAGUGAGACAACUCUAUAAAGGUGGAAUUCAGCUCCCAACACAUGUACUUAGCCAAAUUAGCCCCUUACCUGUCCUUAGGGAACUCUUCCGCUCUGAUGGUGAAAAUGUCCUUCAACUUCCACCACCUCAUGUAGUCAAAGUUGAUGAGUCUGCAUGGAUGACUGAUGAUGAAUUUGCAAGAGAGAUGAUUGCUGGGGUAAACCCUUGUGUAAUUCGCCUUCUUAAAGAAUUCCCACCACAAAGCAAGCUAGAUCCCACACUCUACGGUGAUCAAUCUAGUACAAUAACAAAACAACACUUGGAGAUUAACAUGGAUGGGGUCACAGUACAAGAGGCACUUAGUGGUAAGAGAUUAUUCAUACUAGAUUACCAAGAUGCAUUCAUGCCAUAUUUGACGAGGAUAAACAGUCUUCCCUCUGCAAAAGCUUAUGCCACAAGAACAAUCCUAUUCUUGAAAGAUGAUGGAACUUUGAAGCCACUUGCUAUUGAAUUAAGCAAGCCACACCCUAGUGGAGAUCAUUUGGGUGCUGAGAGCAAAGUGGUGUUGCCUGCAAACCAAGGUGUUGAAAGUGCAAUUUGGCUAUUGGCCAAGGCUCAUGUUAUUGUAAAUGACUCGUGCUAUCAUCAGCUCAUGAGCCACUGGUUAAACACUCAUGCUGUGACAGAGCCAUUCAUCAUAGCGACAAACAGGAAUCUCAGUGUGCUUCACCCUAUUUAUAAACUUCUUCAGCCUCACUAUCGUGAUACCAUAAAUAUCAAUGGACUUGCUAGGGAGGCCCUGAUUAAUGCAGAUGGCAUUAUAGAGAAAUCAUUUUUGCCUGGACGCUAUUCUGUUGAGAUGUCUUCAGCAGUUUACAAGAACUGGGUUUUUACUGACCAGGCAUUACCAGCUGAUCUCAUCAAGAGAGGAUUAGCAGUUGAGGAUCCCUCUGCCCCACAUGGGCUGCGGCUUGUGAUAGAGGACUACCCUUAUGCUGUUGAUGGACUAGAAAUAUGGGAUGCCAUUAAGACAUGGGUGAAAGAGUAUGUCUCCUUGUAUUACCCCACAGAUGCAUCAGUUCAACAAGACACUGAACUUCAAGCUUGGUGGAAGGAAGUUGUAGAGAAGGGUCAUGCUGACUUAAAGGAUAAGCCUUGGUGGCCUAAAAUGAACACUCUUGAAGAGCUCAUUGAAUCAUGCUCUACUAUCAUAUGGACAGCUUCAGCUCUCCAUGCAGCUGUGAAUUUUGGACAAUACCCUUAUGGAGGUUACAUCCUGAACCGUCCAACUCUCAGCAGAAGAUUCAUCCCAGAAGUAGGAACCAAAGAAUAUGAUGAGAUGGUGAAGAGUCCUCAAACGGCUUAUUUGAGAACAAUUACACCAAAGUAUGAGACCAUUAUUGAUCUUACAGUGAUAGAGAUAUUGUCAAGGCAUGCUUGUGAUGAGGUGUACCUUGGGGAGAGGGAUAAUCCAAAUUGGACAUCUGAUUCUAAGGCAUUGCAAGCCUUCAAAAAGUUUGGAACCAAGCUGGCAGACAUUGAGGGGAAAAUCAAGGAGAGAAACAACAAUUCAAAUAUGAAAAACCGGGCUGGACCAGUUCAACUUCCAUACACAUUGCUCAUUCCUUCAAGUGAGGAAGGGUUGACCUUCAGAGGAAUUCCCAACAGUAUCUCUAUCUUAAAGAUGUUGGGUGGGAUCUUUAACAAGGGUCAGAAGAUUAAGGGCACUGUGGUUUUGAUGCCCAAGAAUGUGUUGGACUUCAACGCCAUAACGUCCAUCGGUAGCGGCGGCGUUACCGGCGCCGUCACCGGAGUCUUGGGCGGCGUAACCAGCGUAGCCGGUAAUCUUGUUGAUACUGCAACUGCCUUCUUAAGCCGUAAUGUCUCCUUGCAACUCAUCAGCGCUACUCAGACUGAUGCGAAUGGAAAAGGAAAAGUGGGAAAGGAGACCUAUUUGGAAAGUCAUCUUCCGACGUUACCAACGUUGGGAGCGAGACAAGAUGCAUUCAGCAUUUUCUUUGAAUAUGAUGCUAGUUUCGGAAUUCCAGGAGCAUUUUACAUCAAAAACUUUAAAACCGACGAGUUUUACCUCGUCAGUGUUACUCUCGAGGACAUUCCAAACCACGGAACCAUUCACUUUGUUUGUAACUCAUGGAUCUAUAACUUCAGAAGUUACCAAAAGAAUCGCAUUUUCUUUGUCAAUGAUACAUAUCUUCCAAGUGCAACACCAGCUCCACUACUCAAGUACAGGGAAGAAGAAUUGGAGACUUUAAGAGGAGAUGGAACAGGGAAACGCAAGGACUAUGAUAGGAUCUAUGAUUAUGAUGUUUAUAAUGAUUUGGGGGAUCCAGAUGGUGGUAACCCUCGCCCAAUCCUUGGAGGGUCAAGCAUCUAUCCUUACCCUCGCAGGGUUAGAACCGGCAGAGAAAGAACUAGGACAGAUCCCAACAGUGAGAAACCGGGCGAAAUGUAUGUUCCAAGAGAUGAAAACUUUGGCCACUUGAAGUCAUCAGAUUUUCUUACAUAUGGAAUAAAAUCCUUGAGUCAGAACGUGUUACCUUUGUUCAAAUCUGUAAUUUUUGACUUAAACUUCACACCAAAUGAGUUUGAUAGCUUCGAUGAAGUGCGUGGUCUCUAUGAAGGUGGAAUUAAGCUCCCAACAAAUGUUCUUAGCCAAAUUAGCCCCUUACCAGUCCUCAAAGAAAUCUUCCGCACUGAUGGUGAAAAUGUCCUUCAAUUUCCACCACCUCAUGUCAUCAAAGUUAGCAAGUCUGCAUGGAUGACUGAUGAGGAAUUUGCAAGAGAGAUGGUUGCUGGUGUAAAUCCUGGUGUAAUUCGCUGCCUUCAAGAAUUUCCACCACUAAGCACGCUUGAUCCCACACUCUAUGGUGAUCAAACUAGUACCAUAACAAAAGAAAAUUUGGAGAUUAACAUGGGUGGAGUCACAGUAGAACAGGCACUUGGUUCUCAGAGAUUAUUCAUAUUAGAUUACCAAGAUGCAUUCAUACCGUAUUUGACAAGGAUAAACAGCCUUCCUAAUGCAAAAGCUUAUGCCACAAGAACAAUCCUAUUCUUGAAAGAAGAUGGAUCUUUAAAGCCGCUUGCUAUCGAAUUAAGCAAGCCACAUCCAGAUGGAGAUAAUUUGGGAGCUGUGAGUAAAGUUGUGUUGCCUGCAUCAGAAGGUGUUGAUAGUACAAUUUGGCUAUUGGCCAAGGCUCAUGUUAUUGUAAAUGACUCUGGUUAUCAUCAACUCAUGAGCCAUUGGUUAAAUACUCAUGCAGUGAUGGAGCCAUUUGCCAUAGCAACAAAUAGACAUCUCAGUGUGCUUCACCCCAUUUAUAAACUUCUUUAUCCUCACUACCGUGACACCAUAAAUAUCAAUGGACUUGCUAGGCAGUCUCUGAUCAAUGCAGGUGGCAUUAUUGAGCAAUCAUUUUUACCCGGAAAGUACUCUAUUGAGAUGUCUUCAGCUGUUUACAAGAAUUGGGUUUUUACUGAUCAAGCAUUACCGGCUGAUUUAAUCAAGAGAGGAUUGGCAGUUGCGGAUCCCUCUGCCCCACAUGGUCUUCGGCUUGUGAUAGAGGACUACCCUUAUGCUGUUGAUGGACUAGAAAUAUGGGAUGCCAUUAAGACAUGGGUGGAAGAGUAUGUCUCCUUGUAUUACCCCACAGAUGCAUCAGUUCAACAAGACACUGAACUUCAAGCUUUUUGGAAGGAUGCUGUAGAGAAGGGUCAUGGUGACCUUAAAGAUAAGCCUUGGUGGCCUAAAAUGCAGACCCUUGAAGAGCUCAUUCAAUCAUGCUCUAUCAUCAUAUGGACAGCUUCAGCUCUCCAUGCAGCUGUUAAUUUUGGACAAUACCCUUAUGGAGGUUACAUCCUGAACCGUCCAACUCUCAGCAGAAGAUUCAUCCCAGAACCAGGAACCAAAGAAUAUGAUGAGAUGGUGAAGAGUCCUCAAAAGGCUUAUCUGAGAACAAUCACUCCAAAGUACCAAACCCUUGUUGACCUCUCAGUGAUAGAGAUAUUGUCAAGGCAUGCUUCUGAUGAGGUGUACCUUGGACAGAGGGAUACUCCAAACUGGACCAAUCAUACAAAGGCAUUGGAAGCUUUCAAAAGGUUUGGAAACAAACUGGCAGAAAUUGAGGGGAAAAUCAAUGCAAGGAACAAUGAUUCAAGUCUGAAAAACCGAUUUGGACCAGUUCAGCUGCCAUACACAUUGCUCCAUCGUUCAAGUGAAGAAGGGUUGACUUUCAAAGGAAUUCCCAACAGUAUCUCUAUCUAGAAAAACAAAUGGAGUGUGUUGUUUCCUUAUCUAUGCAUUGUGCUUUUGAAUAACAUACACUAUGCUUGUCUAUGUGUAAUUAGCUAAUUAUUGUCUGCACUACUGUAUUUCGAUGUUGUCGAUCGGUUUGCAAAUAAUAAAGAGCGUUUUCACUGUCACUUUUACUUGGUU